CAGUCUCAGGAUGAUACUACCAGAAAAUGGAAAGAGGAGAGAGAAGAAGGGGCUGUGUUUGACACCUACCUAAAGAGGUUGACCUACAAGUCACAAGCUCGGGUACAGUAACUUUUUUGGAUAUCUUUACAGUUUGCUUUAUUUCAAAUAAAAUACAUUCCCCUGCUGCUGUCUGAUUGUAUUUUUUUAAUUUAAAAAAUCUUAUUGCUUCUGAGAAUUGCCCAUGGUAUUGCUGCCCUCUGUCGAGGCAAAGAUUGAGGGGGAUUUACUAGUGCAAAAUUAGUUAUAUCACUUAGAUAGUAUAGUCGUAUAAUGCUUUGGUCAUCUUCGCAUUUGACGGACGAACAAUAAUAAUUUAGGAUCAGGGAGUUGUAUCAUUUUACUUGUGAUGUUUGUGCCAAGUGAUAUUUUUAAGCCUCUUUUCAACUGUGUAAUCACCAUAGAUCAGAUUAAACUCAUGGGACAUCAGUGUGAAGAACUCAUGGGAUCUCUGACAUUUUACAUGAAUGUACCUUUUUGAACUAAAAUGUUCUGAUAUUUAAAAAAAAAUUAUUGUUAAUUGUAUAGCUUGAUGAUGAGCACGAGAAAGAAGACACUUACUCAUCUCUCAUGUGGGUGACACAGAAAGUACGCUACAUCAGGUCAGGGACACUCGCUAAAUUAGUUGAGAGCCUUACCAACAGUCAAGGUGAGAUGGAUUCCAGCUAUGUAAACAUCUUUCUUGCUACCUACCGAACAUUCGCCACGCCUCGACAAGUGCUGGACACAUUAAUGGAUAGGUAAGUCUCAGAUUUGACAAAGAAAUGGAAAUAAUAACAAUUUUGAGAGAAGGUUAAUGAAAGAUAGUUUCUAGCAGAUUUUUUUCUUGAUAAAUUGUACAGAUUUUUUUUUAUUUCUGACAGGUACAAAUUUGUGAGGUCUCAGACAAUUGAAGAUAAAACAGAAAUAAAUGAAAUGCAACUCAGGUAUAUUUAAACUCCUGUUUUAAACUAGAUUUAAUGUAAGUAGUCAAAAGCUGCAUUUUGUAUUUAUCACUUUAUCUACUAUAUAAAGCUGAUUGUGACCAUGUUUGUUUUGUCGGUUGUUUAUUUGUAUUUUAAUUUGCUAAUAGGAAAACCAAACAAUAGAUUGCAACCAACUUUGACCUGGUCAUACCACCAGACCUAUAAGUUGUUUAUGGAAAGUUUGGUCAAAAUCCCUUUAUCCCAAAAACUGUUGGUCAUAUCCACUUAAUUUACUUUCUAUGUCAUAUUCAAAAUUUAAAUUCUUCAGUUUUUGUAGGUAAAUACAUUUGCUUGUAAAAUGCAACAUUCAUUUUGCCAGAUCCCUUAAGUCUGUGAUAUUUGUGUGGCUGGACACAUACCCCGAAGAUUUUCACGACCCUCCAGACUACACCUGCCUUAAUGAGCUGGAGAGGUUUGCCAGAGACAGCGCACCUGGCAGUGGCAUUGAGGUAAAGGUCAAGGACAAGCUAGAGGGAUUUCGGCAGGAAGACGCAGAGCUUACGGGUAAUUUCACAAUCUUCAAUUAAAAUGAGCUCUAACUAAAACAUCUACUUUUCAGUUGCCCAACUCUUGGCCAUAGUGGGGUUAAUAAAGCGUGCUGUUGUCUGCAACAUCAUGGAUACUAAAAAAUAUUUUUCAGAAAAAAAAAGCAAGGCCAGGGUCAUUAUCCUGUCUUUCGAUUCAAGCUUCCACAUUCCUUGCUCUACUAUUUCCUUCACACACCUUGAGCACAGUCCUUCAUUUGACCAUUUGAGAGCCCCUGGUUUUGACUAUUUUAUGGUAGGGAAUUACUUGGUUAUGAUGAUGGCUCAAAUCCACUUCACUCUAAUCCUUGCUCCAGAGGGAAUAUAUGAUGUUAUAUAUGAUGUUUGCUCCCCCGGGGACCCAAUGCCUGGGGGCCUAUUCAUUACAAGCAGCUAUAAGUUUGGAUAGUCUACCUUUUUUUUCUUUUUUUUUUUUUCAGCUUUUCACAGUUCUACACGUUUUAUUUAAUUGUAUUUUCACUCAAGUUCUAAUGGAUGUUCUAAGGCCGAAGUCCCAGAAUUUGCUAAGAGAACUCACUGAAUGGCUGUUUGACAUAAUUUAUUAUAAAUUUCUUGUGUUCAAAUUGUUUUAUUUUUGUGCUGAAAAUGAAUAAUGCAAUCAAAAAACAUUUAUUUGGAUCAAUAAAAAAACUUAUCUUAUCUUUACAAGUAAACUUUUUUUUGUUGUUUUUUUUUGUUUGAAUUGCCUUCCAGCACGGCAGCUAGAAUUUUCCUUUUCACUCUCUGAUGGCAGCAGUCACCCCGUGGACACGGACAGCAGCAAGUCUCUGGCGCUGUUGGAAAUAUCCUGUAGAAAAAUUGCCGAACAGCUUACCUAUAAAGAUGCAGUAAGAUGGCAGUGGUGUUUAUGUUAUGUCUUGAAAGAUGCAGUAAGAUGGCAGUGGUGUUUACAUUAUGUCUAUUAAGAUGCAGUAAAAUGGCAGUGGUGUUUACGUUAUGUCUAUUAAGAUGCAGUAAGAUGGCAGUGGUGUUUACGUUAUGUCUAUUAAGAUGCAGUAAGAUGGCAGUGGUGUUUACGUUAUGUGUAUUAAGAUGCAGUAAAAUGGCAGUGGUGUUUACGUUAUGUCUAUUAAGAUGCAGUAAGAUGGCAGUGGUGUUUACGUUAUGUCUAUUAAGAUGCAGUAAAAUGGCAGUGGUGUUUACGUUAUGUAUAUUAAGAUGCAGUAAGAUGGCAGUGGUGUUUACGUUAUGUCUAUUAAGAUGCAGUAAGAUGGCAGUGGUGUUGAUGUUUUUGGUCUUAGAUAUGUAACAAUAGUAGUUUGUGUGCAGCCAGUCAAAUCAUGCAGUUUUAUAUAUUUUCUUUUGAUAUCCUUUUCAUUUGGUAUUCUCCAUGUAACUAGUGGUGAACUGUGUGAGGAGAAUUUGUCAAAUUAUGAGGUUAUCUUUUGUUCACGGUUAAUGUUAUAUUGCCAAAUUCUGUGUAGUAUAUUUAUUGAACAGGGUUUGUUCCUCAAAGUUAUUCCCCAUCACUGCCUCGGGGCCGUGUGGUCUCGUCGAGACAAAGAAGGUCAAAGCGAUGCCCCAAGCAUCCAGGCCACCAUCCAACAGUUCAACAGUGUUUCUCUGCGGGUCAUAGCAACAGUGCUGAAGACUAGGGAGCUUAAGACGUCACAGAGGGCGAAGGUGCUUCAGAAGUGGAUUCUCAUAGCACAGGUCAGUGUUGGCAUCUCAUAGCACAGGUCAGUGUUGGCAUCUCAUAGCACAGGUCAGUGUUGGCAUCUCAUAGCACAGGUCAGUGUUGGCAUCUCAAAGCACAGGUCAGUGUUGGCAUCUCAUAGCACACGUCAGUGUUGGCAUCUCAUAGCACAGGUCAGUGUUGGCAUCUCAUAGCACAGGUCAGUGUUGGAAUCUCAUAGCACAGGUCAGUGUUGGCAUCUCAUAGCACAGGUCAGUGUUGGCAUCUCAUAGCACAGGUCAGUGUUGGAUUCUCAAAGCACAGGCCAGUGUUGGCAUCUCAUAGCACAGGUCAGUGUUGGAAUCUCAUAGCACAGGUCAGUGUUGGCAUCUCAUAGCACUGGUCAGUCUUGGUAUCUUACAGCACAGGUCAGUAUUAAGUUCUUAUCGCACUGGUCAGUAUUUGUUUCUUUUUUUUUCAUCUGACUGAUUUCUUACAAAUUAGCUUAUAAGUUUGGAUAGCAAUCAAAUGUAAUGGGGAUAUCUAAUAGAAAGAGAAUUGUAUCAGAAAUAUAAAUGUCAUUCACUAUAGUAGACCCCCCCUGUUUGUCCAUUUUCUCAUCUAGUUUAACUUGGCAAUGUUAAACCAAUAUAAUCAUCAGUCUCAUUGGUUUUCCUUGUCUUACCUUGAUGUCUAGGAUCUUCGAGAACUCAAGAACUUUUCCUCUCUGAAGGCCAUCAUCACAGGUUUACAGGCACAUCCUGUCUACCGCCUCAGAAAGACGUGGGCAGCAUUAUCAAAGUAAUCCCAUGCUAUCACCAUCAAAGUCUCAAAUAAUCUUAUAAGCUUUUUUUUUCUUCAUUAUAAUAGAUAAAUAUUUUUAAAAUUACAAAUUAACUUUUCUUUGUAAUUGUUAUUUUUGUUCUUACUUUAUUUUAAUUUUUUUUUAUUUUAAUUUUUUUUUUUUUGCAUACUGAAAUAUGUAAUUAAAUUAAAGAAUUAAUUAAAAUAUUUAUCUGUGUCAAAUUUAUAAAUAAUACAUAUUUGUAUUCUUUAAAUUUUUUAAAAUUUUAAACUUGUAUAUCUUGUCACCAUUUAGAAUUGACUAAAGCCAAUAUUUCCUAUAUACAUUUCAUUAUGAAUGAAUAAAUUGAGAGUUUUGACUAUCAACACAGAGACACCAUGACGCUGUUUGAAGAACUCAGUGAGAUUUUCUCUGUAGAUAACAACCAGCUGAACUCAAGGGAACUUCUCAUGAAGGUAAGAUAAAAUAAGAUAAGAUUCUUUUAUUGAUCCAAAUAAUUGGAUCACUUGAGAGCUGUGACAAGCUAAGGUCUUGGAUCACUUGAGAGCAUUUAAAACAGGUGGGUCAACUUGGGCAUUAAUUCUUAAGUUCUGGGCAUCUAAUCUGAGCAAUAUCCGAUGUCUUUACAGCUUGCCAAUGGGGAAUACGGCUGCUCUAAGGCAUCUUUGAGCUUAACGUAGUACGAGGCAAAAAAUCAUAUCCCUUAAAAAUGUACAACUUCCUACCAGAACAAACAGCAUGCAUAUUGAUUUGAUAUGAAAUUCUAAUGCUGAUUGUGUGUGAAACUGUUUUGUCUGACAGAUGUUGUUUUGAUAAGAAGUUCUCGUGCGCAUUGUGUACUAAACUCUUUUGUCUGACAGGAGGCUACGGCGAAAUUCCCUGAUUUGGAUUCACAAAGCAAGAGUUUAAAGAGAAAGAAUUUACAGAAACGGCGCUCAUGGAUAGACAAUGUAAGUUCUCUUAAGAGCUCAUGGAUGGACAAUGAAAGUUGUCUUGAGACUGAACUAGUUGGUCGUUUAUGAGACAUCAAAAUUUGAAGUGAACUUAAAACCAGCUGAACAUUCUUAAAUUUCGGAAAACAUCUGCCCUUGCAUGCCGUUUGUCCAAUUUCUCACCAGGGCAUAGUCCAAGGCACCGUUCCGUACCUGGGUACAUUCCUGACCGACCUGACCAUGAUCGACACGGCCUUCCCUGACUGCACCGAGGACGGCCUGAUCAACUUUGAGAAGAGGAGGAAAGAGUUUGAGGUGCUGGCACAGCUGAGGCUGCUGCAGUCGGCCGCUUCCAUCUACAGCUUCAUAGAGGACUCUUCCUUCUGGAGGUGGUUCAACUCUAUCAGGAUCUACUCGGACCUAGAGAGGUGGGGGGCCCUUCUUUAUGACUUAACUCUUUCAUGAUGUACUCAGACCUAGAGCGGUGGGGGCCCUUCUAUAUAAUUUAACUCCUUCCUGAUGUACUCAGACCUAGAGAGGUGGGGGCCCUUCUUUAUAAUUUGACUCCUUCAUGAUGUACUCAGAUCUAGAGAGGUGGGGGCCCUUUUUUAUGACUUAACUCCUUCAUGAUGUACUCAGAUCUAGGCAGGUGGGGGCCAUUUUUAUGACUCAAUUCCUUCAUGAUCUACUCACAUCUAGAGAGGUGGGGGUAGAGGGGCUUCUUUAUAAUUUGAAGUGGUUCAACUCUAUCAUGAUUUACUUGUAUCUGGAAAGGUUGGAUCCGUAUUUUAACUACUGAUUCUAUCAUGAUGUACUCGGGCCUAGAGAGUAGGGGGCUCUUCUUGAAUCACUUAACUCUAUCAGGAUUUACUCAGAUCUAGAGAUGUGGGGGCCCUCAAUUAUAACACUUAAUUGAAACUUGGUGGUUCUCAACAAAUUGAUAAAAUAAAAAUUUUAUUGCACUUUAAAUAUGAUCCCUUAAUAUUUUUCUUCCCUUUUUGUUUCUUUCAUUACUUGAGGUCACUAACUCUCCUGGCUACGUGUCUACGUGAGGUCACUAGCUCACCUGUCUAUGUGUCUACGUGAGGUCACUAACUCUCCUAUAUGUGUACUUGAGGUCACUAACCCCGAUUUUCUGUUUGUUGACUUUCAGCCAUGACCUCUCCUGUUCCUUAGAGCCCCCAUCAGAAAGUUCAGCAAAGCUAAAGAAGAAAUCUGCAAGGUGAGACAUUUGAAAACAGCACCCACAACUCUUUUCAUUUUUUAAUAUUUUUAAAACUUCUUCCCAGUUACUUCCCUUUUGCCCACACAAAAUAAAUGCUGGUUCCCUUCUUAAAAAAAUCAUCUGACACAAAGGGUUAAUAUUCUUAAAAAUCAUCUGACACAAAGGGUUAAUAUUCUUAAAAAUCAUCUGACACAAAGGGUUAAUAUUCUUAAAAAUCAUCUGACACAAAGGGUUAAUAUUGUUAAAAAUCAUCUGACACAAAGGGUUAAUAUUGUUAAAAAUCAUCUGAAACAAAGGGUUAAUAGUGUUGUCAGCAUUUCUUAAUCUACCCAUUGGUUACAUUCAAAUCUGUUCUUUUAUAGGUGUGUUUCUUGCCAUUUUGAUAUUUUUUAAAUAUUUUUUUUUUUGAACAAGUCGGGGAAAACAUGAGUCCAUGGCCACUCAACUUAAUUUGUAAUUUUAUUCCAUUACAAAACUGUCUUCUAUGUUUUCCAUCAUUGUCAGUCUGGUUAUUGCAAAUCUUGUGGCACCGCCUCCUGAUCAAGUUGCACCACUUUGUUGGCUAUUUCUGUGUGCCAGAUUUCUUAUCAGUUGUGUUUUCUUGCAUUUUGGCUGUGCUGGUUGGCUCUUCUAUGCUGACUGAAUCUGCUAAUUUUUUUGUACCAGACCUUCUUUUUUAUUAUCCCUGACAUCUUUCACCAGACUUUCUUUUUAUUAUCCCUGACAUCCGUGUUAAAUAUUCAACCAAAUUUCUGUUUCCCCCAAAAGUCUGUGUUGCCACAAAUUGUCAACACCGUUCCAUGUCCGUCAUAUUUUGCCUUUACUAUUUUGUUGAGUUCCUGUUUUGAUGUCCUUAAAUCACUAAAAAAAUCUCAGGUUAUCCAAACCAUGGAUGACACUUAAAAUGUUUAAAGUAGUAUGUGAAUCCAACAGGGCUUACUUAUUACAUAAAAUUUGCACACUAAACAUGAGACACACUGGUAUGUUUUGCAGUUGUUUACAUGUAACUGGUACGUACUGUUGAAAGUGUUCAACAUCAAACCAUUGCAGAUGGACCGGAAUGUUGUGUUAGAUUUGAGCUAAUGUAAUCCCGCGCAGAGCCAGGCGUAUCUGCAAGUAUUUUUAUACGGUCAGAAGAAGUAAACAACCCGCCCCCCAGCCCACCCACCUCACAAUGCUUAUCAUGUGAUUGUAAUGAUGAGAGUUUAGUCAGAGAGUUUCAGUAUAUCUACUGUACACUACUGCAACAAUGCUGGCCAAGUCCAUUAGAAAGUUGAGUUAUAAAGAAUGAACAGGGACAUUUUUUUUCUUCUUCUUUUAUCUUUUGUCUUCUGAGAUAAGAAAAUUUCAUGUUAUUAUUUUCAUAAUAAUGUUUUGAUUUCAUGUUAAAAGAAAUCAAAUAAUAUUUUGUCUCAGGAGGAGAAACGUUUUUUAAAUAUUGUACUAUUAACUGAUCCCAUUAACUGUGUACCAUUUUACUUGACACAGUAGUCUCACAGGCAACCAAGUGCAUUAGUUUAUUAUCCUAACAGACUGCCAUAGCUGAAAACAUUGGUAACCGGUAGAUGCUGCUACUGAACGGCUAAAACAAUGAGGAUAAUUUUAUGCUGGAAUGUAACGGAUGUCUUGUCUGGGUUUAUGGAUUGUCACCACAUGGGAUUUAAGGAUUAAAUACCAUCACAUGGGAUUUAGGGAUUAAAUACCAUCACAUGGGAUUUAGGGAUUAAAUACCACCACAUGGGAUAUAGGGAUUAAAAGCAUAACAUGGGAUUUAGGGUUUAAAAGCAUAACAUGGGAUUUAGGGAAACGUACCACCACCUGAGAUUUAGGGAUUAAAUACCACCACAAGGGAUUUAGGGAUUAAAUACCACCACAUGGGAUUUGGGGAUUAAAUACCACCACAUGGAAUUUAGGUAAAUAUACCACCACAUGAGAUUCAGGGAUUAAAUACCACAACAUGGGAUUUAGGGAAAGUAGCACAACAUGGGAUUUAGGGAUUAAAUACCACCACAAGGGAUUUAGGGAAAUAUACCACCACAUGGGAUUUAGGGAUUAAAUACUACCACAAGGGAUUUAGGGAAAUAUACCACCACAUUGGAUAAUGAAUAUUGAAUAACAUACCACCACAUGGUGCAUGGAGUGAAUAAGUUAUAAUUAUAGAAGAUUAUUUUCAGAGAUAACAUUGUCUUAAGGUUUUAAGUAAACAAAUCAUUUUUUUUUUUUUAAAUAGUUGGACAAAUCCAUCAGUUGGGGAAGAUAAUAAUGUCAUUAUCCAAACUUAAUACUGAUGUUAUGCUUAAAAUCGGGAGCAAAGUUUCUAGUCCAUUUUUGGCAUGAGUGUGUUUCAACUUGCGAUUCCUCAACUACUGUGCACAUGUGAGCAGCUGACAAACCAAAUCUUUCCUCUGUUGUGUGUACAUUUUUGUAUGAAUCUGUCAUUGUGUCCACGUAUGUCUGUGUGUACAAGUGAGAUUUCUGAUAACCCUGACUGAUCACCUCUGGUGUGCAUGUCUAUUCAGCAUCAGUGGACCACAUCUCAAGAGGAGGGUGUCGGCAGCUAAGCUCUAUGCCUGCUUUGCAUGUAGAUCUAGGUUUUCAGAGCCCAAUAUUUCCUCCUCUCGUGCCGAGGAGGACAACGUGCCCUUCCAGCGCAAGGGGUGGUAAGUGUCAAGGUCACUUCACGUCUAGAGGGGCCGGUUACGGAUCUUCAUAAUCUGAAACAUAAAGUUGGUCAGUUCCGACGAGGUUGAAGUCAGUAAGUCCUGACGAAACUGAAGUCACCAAUAAAUCACACAAAUAUUUUUUGGAAUAUGAAAAAAAAAAAAAAAUACAUGACAUUUUUAAAAAAAAUAUCUCAUUUUCCAACUAGGCGUUGUCACUUAUGUUUAAGAAAAUGUUUAAAGUAAUGUAAUGAGCUUGAGUUGGUUUCUGUAAAUCGUUUGGUUAUAAAUCAUUACGAUGAAAGCCGAUGGCAAAAUGUUAUGUGAAAGAAAAACGUGUGAUGAUUUAUGUAAAUAAAUAACGCGGCAAAAUCUCCUUUUGUUUGACAUUAUGAGGACCACUGGCCCUUGCGUAGCACAGUCUGGUAGUGGUAGCUUUCAGACAGUCUGGUAGUGGUAGCUUUCAGAAUCAGCUAGCUUUUUUUUUCGUACUGCUUAAUCAGCUUAUGUUUAACGCUUCUGUGAGUUUAUUUGUAGUGCUGCAAUGAGUUUACGUGUAAUGCUUUUAUGAAUUUUGUUUUAUUUUGCUUGAAUGACUUUAUUUGUUGCACCACUAUGAGUUGUGUUGUAGUGCUUUAGCAUUCAUGGCUUAACCCAAUGGCUUUCUCAUCUUUAAGUUGAUGCUUAACCCAAUGGCUUUCUCAUCUUUAAGUUGAUUUUUUUCUUAUUCUCAUUUAUUUAAAAUUUCCUCUCAAUUUGCACGGUCAGUUUAGCUGUGAGUUGUAGCUAGCCACAAUAGGCAGUGAGUUAUAUGCAGCUAGCCAUAACAGGCAGUGAGUUAUAUGUAGCCAGCCAUAGCAGGCAGUAAGUUAUAUUUAGCUAGCCAUAAUGGGCAGUGAGUUAUAUGUAGCAGCCAUAACAGGCAGUGAGUUUUUUGUAGCCAGCCAUAACAGGCAGUGAGUUAUAUGUAGCCAGCCAUAGCAGGCAAUGAGUUAUAUGUAGCCAGCCAUAACAGGCAGUGAGUUAUAUGUAGCCAGCCAUAACAGGCAGUGAGUUAUAUGUAGCCAGCCAUAACAGGCAGUGAGUUAUUUGUAGCCAGCCAUAAUGGGCAGUGAGUUAUAUGUAGCCAGCCAUAACAGGCAGUGAGUUAUAUGUAGCCAGCCAUGACAGGCAGUGAGUUAUAUGUAGCCAGCCAUAACGGGCAGUGAGUUAUUUGUAGCCAGCCAUGACAGGCAGUGAGUUAUAUCUAGCCAGCCAUAACGGGCAGUGAGUGAUAUGUAGCCAGCCAUAACAGGCAGUGAGUUAUAUGUAGCCAGCCAUAACAGGCAGUGAGUUGUAUGUAGCCAGCCAUAACGGGCAGUGAGUUAUAUGUAACCAGCCAUAACGGGCACACAAUAAAGGACAUUGAUGUUCUUUAGCCAGCUUAUAAACAAUUAUAGACCUGGCUGCUGCAAACAAAUUUCAUGAGUUGAACUCUUGUUUUAAAAUUGAUGGCUUUGUACGACUAACUGACCCACAGCUUUGUAAGGCUAACUGCCCCACGGCUUUGUAUGGCUGACUGCCCCACGGCUUUGUAAGGCUAACUGCCCCACGGCUUUGUAAGGCUAACUGCCCCGCGGCUUUGUACGGCUAACUGCCCCAUGGCUUUGAAUGUCUAACUGCCGCAUGGCUUUGAAUGACUAACUGCCCCAUGGCUUUGUACGGCAAACUGCCCCACGGCUUUGAAUGACGAACUGCCCCAUGGCUUUGUAAGGCUAACUGCUCUAAGGCUCUUUAUGGUUAACUUCCCCAUGGCUCUUAAGGCUAACUGCCCCAUGGCUCUGUAAGGCUAACUGCCUCAUGGCUCCUUAUGUUUAACUGCCUCAUGGCUCCUUAUUGUUAACUGCCCCAUGGCUCUGUAAGGCUAACUGCCCCAUGGCUCUUUAUGGUUAACUUCCCCAAUGCUCUGUAAAGCUAAUUGCCUCAUGGCUCCUUAUUGUUAACUGCCCCAUGGCUCUGUAAUUCUAACUGCCCUAUGACUCUGUAUGGCUAACUGCCCCAUGGCUCUGUAUAGUUAACUGCCCCAUGGCUCUGUAAGGCUAACUGCCCCAUGGCUCUGUAUGGUUAACCGCCCCUUGGCUCUUUAUGUUUUACUGCCCCAUGGCUCUUUAUGUUUAAAUGCCCCUUGGCUCUGUAAGACUAACUGCCCCAUGGCUCUUUAUGGUUAACUUCCCCAAUUCUCUGUAAAGCUAACUGCGUCAUGGCUCCUUUUGGUUAACUGCCCCAUGGCUCUGUAAGGCUAACUCCCUAUGGCUCUGUAUGGCUAACGGCCCCAAAAACUUAACAAAGCUUAUGUACUUCUCUAAUCUUAACAAUGUUUGAAUUGUGGCUACUCCAGUUUGUGGCUACUCUAAUUCGUGGCUACUCCAGUUCAUGGCUACUCUUGUUUGUGUCUACUCCUGUUCGUGGCUACUCCAGUUCAUGGCUAUAUAAAAUAAACAACUAAACUUCCACCAGGACAACAAAGUUUGUGAUGUCUGGCAGAGUGAUGUGACUUAUGUCACUAACAUUCAUGUUCCGGGGGAGAGAGAGGGGGAGAAGGAGGAGUUGGUCUCUUUGCUUGGAGUGAGUGACGUUACGAAUGCAAUAAGAAAGCCCAAAGGGUUAUUGUACGAAAGGGCAUGGCAGAGAUUAUAAUUAUACGUUUGUAUAUAUAAUAAAGGCUUACAUAUUUCUAAAUAAAAGGCAUGCAUGUAUUAUUAUUUAGGUCACUUGGAUGUAAUAAAGGGCAGAGGUGUAUUGUACCAGAGGGAUUUCAUAAUAAAGGGCAGAGGUGUAUUGUACCAGAGGGAUUUCAUAAUAAAGGGCAGAGGUGUAUUGUACCAGAGGGAUUUCAUAAUAAAGGGCAGAGGUGUAUUGUACUAGAGGGAUUUCAUAAUAAAGGGCAGAGGUGUAUUGUACUAGAGGGAUUUCAUAAUAAAGGGCAGAGGUGUAUUGUACUAGAGGGAUUUCAUAAUAAAGGGCAGAGGUGUAUUGUACUAGAGGGAUUUCAUAAUAAAGGGCAGAGGUGUAUUGUACUAGAGGGAUUUCAUAAUAAAGGGCAGAGGUGUAUUGUACUAGAGGGAUUUCAUAAUAAAGGGCAGAGGUGUAUUGUACUAGAGGGAUUUCAUAAUAAAGGGCAGAGGUGUAUUGUACUAGAGGGAUUUCAUAAUAAAGUGUCAUUGCAAAAUGUAAAAGGAGCUGUGGAGAUUACAAAAAAAAGGGCAAAUGUUUCUGUUGUAUCUUUUUAAAAUAAAGGGGAUACAAACAUUGUUACUGAUGUGAUACAGACGCGGACAGCUGUUAGUUUAGUUUUCAACACUAGUAAUAAUAAUACUAAUAAAUUUUAUUUGACAAUCAUGCUUCAUCCCCAAAGGCUCGAAGCACGGUACAAAGUCAACCAUAUUACCCAUUCUAAGUCUUUCAUCCCUUGCAACCAUAAACAACACAGGCCAAUAUACAUCUAGGAGAUAAUAGCUAGCUGGAAAAGAUGGUAGACAACAUCACCCCAGCAGGUGUUUGCGAAAUAGAUGUGUUUUCAAAUCGGUUUUGAAGGACUCCAGUCUGGCUGUUUCUGAGAGCGACAGGAAGGGUGCUCCAAAUUGUUGGGCCAGCAAAUGCGAAAGUGCGCCUUCCGUAAGUCUCAAGGCGAACACGUGGUAUCGAGAGUUUACCACUAUCGGAUGAACGGAGUUGUCUAGUGGGUACAUAAGUCGUCAUGAGCGCUUUGAGAUAGGACGGUGCCAGGUCAUGCAAGCAGCGGUAGCACAGAGUUGCAUUUUUGUACUUUAUGCGAGCGCGCACCGGCAGCCAUUGCAACUCUCUCAGAAGUGUUUUAGCAUGGUCAAAUUUGCGUUAGCAAAGAUAAUGCGAGCCGCACCCUUAGAGCAUUGCAGUAGUCCAUGCGUGAUAGCACGAAUGCAGACAUCAGCCUCUUCAAUGUGUCUAAUGUUAAGAAAGGUCUAAUGUGACUAAUUCUGCGUAGCUCUAGAAAAAUCGCCUUGCAAAUCAAGUUAAUGUGAUUUUCCAUAGCUGGUGUUCUGUCUAAGCAGACACCUAGGUUUCGCACUGUUUGAGCAAACUCAAUCUGCACAUCUGAGAGAGUAAGGGAUGGUGUGUUAUUUACAAAUUUUAGCUUGAGCUUGUUUCUUUCAACAUAUGAUUGAUUUUUUAUUUUACAUUAGUUUCCUCAUGUCCCCCCUACCCCCCCCCCCCCUGACUCAUGUUACCUCCAUUUUAUGUAGUCCCUCUAUUUUAUGUUAUGCUCUGUAUUUACAUUUUGUCCCUCCAUUUUAUAUUGUUUCCCGGCACUGCUAGCUAUAUAAUUGUACAUACUUUGCACCUAUAUCCCAAGUUUUGAGGACCUUCAGACAAUCACUGAUUGUUAAGAUUUAGUUUUAGGGUCUAUCUGUAUAUUUUUUUUGUAUAGUUGGUAGAAAUGUGUGAAAUAAUUGAGGCAGUUCUUGUUGUGUACAAUACAAAUAUCUGAAAGGUUUUUCAGAUUAACCUGGAGGGUCACCCUCCCGGGUUCAAGCCCAGGGGGCUCCCGUUAAGUCUCAUGUCAUAGAAAAGAGAAAGACCAAUCAGCAGUCGUAAAUGCGGUAGUGCGCAAGAGCGAUCAAGUCUAACACGUGGCCGAUUACAUUACUUUAGUUAAGCUAAUUGAGUCGUCUACACUUCAAGGUUAGAAUGUGCAAACAGAAUACAUGAAUGGUGUAUAAUGUCAGACCGAGUCUGUGAUGCCAUCCUAUAUGUGUUGUUGGCUUGAUCUAAUAUAACCAUAUACAUAUAACCAUAUACAUAGUGGAGCUAACCUAGUGCACUUUACAUCAGUCACAAUAUUUUCCCACUACUUAAUUUAAUACAAUGUCUUAUGUAAAAUUAUAUAAUAGCUCACAUUAUUUACAUUUGUGGGGGGACCCAUUUCAUUUUUGAAACUAUGUAGAUUUGGGACCCCAAAUGUUAUGUUACAUGUACUUUGAUUGGGUCUUUAGUCACAUUAGAUAUUACUUGUUCUUUUUGGACACCCCAGCAAGUGUUUCACAUAUUAUCAUGUGGAAUAUGGAUCGGAUAUGUAAAGAAUACUAUUUCCUUUUAAAACACCAUUUGUCUCUGUGAGCCUCCGAAGUGUCAGAGAGCUGACCGACCCGUUGUCAUGUUAUUAUCGAUGUUCAUCUCCACAGCCUGGGCACCAAGCCUGCGCGGCUGGACAACAAGCUCGGCCUCUUCUCCUGCGGCCUCGAGGACAGGAACAGCAUCGCAAGCAUACCCGACACCAUAGCUGCUUCAAUCGGACCCUUGGUCACUCAGGUCUCGCAGGUGGGUGUUGCGUCCCCGAGAGUCUUGUGGUUUGGGGGGUAUUCCUUUGUUAUGAAUUAGAACGGAGAAGUUGGUUGACCCGAGUGCGGAUAGGACGAUGUGCUUGGGAUACAAUAAUCCAAGGGGUGUGCCCAAUGGCCAGCAAAGUAAAGGUGAACAGUUGUGCUGGGGGAGAGCGAGUGAGAAGCAGCGCUGAACGCAGUGGUAGCGUUGCCAGUGAUGCUGUUGCCAGUGAUGCCGUUAGUAGAGGUAGUUCUUUGGCUAAGCUUGUUGGCAGAACUCAUAUUACCAAAGGGUAAUAAGCAUUUAUGUUUUAACAAUUUUUACAUAAAUGUAUCAAACUUAACAUGUGUUUUAAAAAGUUGUUCACACGACACUUCACAACCGUUAGACACUUCACAACCCUUAGACACUUCACUACCGUUAGACACUUCACUACCGUUAGACACUUCACAACCGUUAGACACUUCACAACCCUUAGACACUUCACUACCGUUAGACACUUCACUACCGUUAGACACUUCACUACCGUUAGACACUUCACUACCGUUAGACACUUCACUACCGUUAUAAAUUUAAAUCUUUCAAAGUGUGUAGCACUAUACCCGCUGUCAAAAAUAUGUUGAAGUUAAUGAAUUUGCAAAAAAUCAACAUCAGGUAAGCAGGGGGGAGGGGGGGGGGAGGGGCCUACUCAAAACUGAAAAAACAUGGCAAGUGGUCUACUGGACAAAAAAGUCUGGGGACCUCUGGCCCAGAUGUUCUGGAACCUUUUUUUGAGUGAAGAGCCGUUUUAUAAAUACGGUCUGCCCUGAAAAUAGUGUUUUAAUUUCUUCAAUAGAUUCGUUAAAAAAAUUAAUGUUUCAGAAUAAUAAAACAAAAAGAGCUGCAUGGUUGCCAUGGAGACAAGGUUGCAGAUUACUAGUUUAAAGAGAGAACCUUAGAUUAAUGUGCAAACUUUAUUCUAGACCUGAGGUUCUCAACCGUUUUUAUUCAUGACCCACUUAAUUUUUGUACUUUAACCCCUUUUCUGUAGUUAAAAUUUAAAAAACUGCUUUUAUUUAACUACAUAAAAUCCAGUUAUUAAAAUUGUGUGAAAUAUGCUGUGUAUGACGCACUUUGAGAGCCACUGUACUCUACUGUGUCCCACAACUCAUUGCUGUAUGGAUAUCACAAAUAUGUAUCCAUGUCCCAGGCCUUACAUAUGUCAUUAAUGCUCCAGGAAACAAUGUUUCCAAUGGUCAUAUCCAACAGACCCUUGGCCAUAUGAAAUAGACGCUUGGCCAUAUGAAAUAGACCCUUGGCCAUAUCAAACAGGCCAGUGGCCAUAUCAAACAGACCCUUGGCCAUAUCAAAGAGACCCUUGGCAAUAUCAAAGAGACCCUUGGCCAUAUCAAACAGAGCCGUGGCCAUAUCAAACAGGCCAUAACAAAGAGACCCUUGGCCAUAUCAAACAGAGCCGUGGCCAUAUCAAACAGGCCAUAACAAAGAGAUCCUUGGCCAUAUCAAACAGAGCCGUGGCCAUAUCAUACAGGCCAUAACAAAGAGACCCCUGGCCAUAUGAAAGAGACCCUUCCUUCGACUUUAUUUCCUGAUUUGCCCGGAGCCAGCGGUGCUGAACCCGGAGCCAGUAGAGCUGAACCCGGAGCCAGCAGUGCUGAACCCGGAGCCAGCUAAAAGUUAACAUCAACAUUUUGUUUGUUUCCAGCUCUCCCAUUCAUCUUCAACGUCAUCUGUGAUAUCAUCCGACAGCGACAGCCCCUCCUCACACACCCCCUUCAAGUCCUCGGACUCUUAUGUCAUCAGAGUGUCUAUAGACACAAGCAAGAAUGACACAGCGCAUGUCUACAAGAGUAUAAUGGUAAGCUAUAGACACAAGCUCAUAGUCAUUGUAACAUUGAGCUACGACUAGGGCUGUCUUUCCCAGCUCAUAGUCAUUGUAACAUUGAGCUAGGACUAGGGCUGUCUUUCCAAGCUCAAGGUCAUUGUAACAUUGAGCUACGACUAGGGCUGUCUUUCCAAGCUCAUAGUCAUUGUAACAUUGAGCUAGGACUAGGGCUGUCUUUCUAAGCUCAUAGUCAUUGUAACAUUGAGCUACGACUAGGGCUGUCUUUCUAAGCUCAUAGUCAUUGUAACAUUGAGCUAGGACUAGGGCUGUCUUUCCAAGCUCAAGGUCAUUGUAACAUUGAGCUACGACUAGGGCUGUCUUUCUAAGCUCAUAGUCAUUGUAACAUUGAGCUAGGACUAGGGCUGUCUUUCCAAGCUCAAGGUCAUUGUAACAUUGAGCUACGACUAGGGCUGUCUUUCUAAGCUCAUAGUCAUUGUAACAUUGAGCUAGGACUAGGGCUGUUUUUCCAAGCUCAAGGUCAUUGUAACAUUGAGCGAGGACUAGGGCUGUCUUUCCAAGCUCAUAGUCAUUGUAACAUUGAGCGAGGACUAGGGCUGUUUUUCCAAGCUCAAGGUCAUUGUAACAUUGAGCUAGGACUAGGGCUGUUUUUCCAAGCUCAAGGUCAUUGUAACAUUGAGCGAGGACUAGGGCUGUCUUUCCAAGCUCAUAGUCAUUGUAACAUUGAGCGAGGACUAGGGCUGUUUUUCCAAGCUCAAGGUCAUUGUAACAUUGAGCUAGGACUAGGGCUGUUUUUCCAAGCUCAAGGUCAUUGUAACAUUGAGCGAGGACUAGGGCUGUCUUUCCAAGCUCAUAGUCAUUGUAACAUUGAGCGAGGACUAGGGCUGUUUUUCCAAGCUCAAGGUCAUUGUAACAUUGAGCUAGGACUAGGGCUGUUUUUCCAAGCUCAAGGUCAUUGUAACAUUGAGCGAGGACUAGGCUGUCUUUCCAAGCUCAAGGUCAUUGUAGAAGAUAUAUUAGAAAUGAACAAUAAAAAUCAAUAUCCUAAAACUGGUAGAUAAAAAAAACAAGUCAGCAGUGGGUGACCAUGGUGAUGACAGGUGAACUUAUUGACCCCAUGUUAACACAUCUGCUUUGUCAGGUUCCCUGGCUAGGUGGAUUGGCUGGUACCCGGGCAGGUGGAUCCGUUGGUACCCGGGCAGGUGUUUUUCCAAGUUUUGACAGCCCUGGCUGUGAGUCCACACAAAAGCUGUGCUAAUUUCUCCUUUAUGUCCUUGCAGUUGAUGAACAGUGACCACACCCACACAGUGAUAGGAAAGAUACUGGACAAGUAUGGAAUAGAGGGACAAGUGGAGAACUAUUGUCUUCUACAAAUUCUUCCUGAUGGAGGUCAGUGAACGACUAAAAGUCAUUAUGUCAUGUUAGAGCAGGGGUUGGCAGCCUUUGUCAGUUUUUUGCCCUAUUUUCUGGGCCUUGCCAAUUAUCAUGUGGGAAAAGUUAUAUUUUUAGAGAAUGGUAUUUUCUCAAUUUUUGUUUUCACCUACCCCCCAGAGCAGGUCAUGUGACCCCUGUUCUUGUUUCCCUUACCCCACAGAAAAGGUCAUGUGACCCCUGUUCUUGUUUUGAUGCCAAUAAAUUAAAUGGUCAACUCUGGCCGACCUUCUGUUACUACAAUUAUCCAGCACAUUUUAAGCCACGAACUUUGGUAGGCCGAUUUUCUCUUCCUUUAAUGUGUUGGGCCAUAAAAUUGGCUGAUAAAAAUUGCGUUGAAAGAAUAAUUUCCUGUCCAAUAUUUUACACUAAAUAAAGCUAAUUCCUUUUAUUUAUUAAUAACUUCCGUUUUUCGCUCUUGUGUCCAUUUUUAAACUUUGGAGUUAUUUUUGCAACGAUCUUUAUCAAGCGAAUUUGUGUAAGUAGUUUUUCACAAAAUGGAUGAGGCCAUAGCUGGACCAUCUGGCUUACAAAAUAAAUCAGGAAUCUGUUUGAUAACUUUUAGUUAAUGACUUAAGUGAUUCUGAAGAUGAUUUUCCAAUCACACAGGAAGACAAUGAUAAUUCCGAUUAUUUUUCUAGUGGGUCAGAAAGCAAAAGUUGGGACGAUUUAGACCUAGGCCUAGAACGAGUAGGCGUUGCCCCAACAACAGGACUCGGACAAAACUAUGUUGCAGAUGAUUUUUUACCAACGAAAAAUAAUUGGAUGUUGUUCUAUAUAUGUUUUCUUAAAUUUCAUUUUAUUGAUUAAAUAUUUUUGUAGCAUCUUUUAAAAUUGUAUCUGUUUAUUGCUAUUUAGUAAUGUUUAUAUUGUUUCAUGUUGUGCUUUGUUACUUGAACAUAAAUAUAAGUAUCAGAAGAAUUAUUUUAAAAAACUAUUUAUAACUAAAACAUAUACAAGUUAUACAUUUUCUGAAAUAAAAAUAAAAAUGCUAUCAUAUUAUAUAAACAUUAUAUAAACAUUAUAUAAACAUUAUAUAAACAUUAUAUAAACAUUAUAAUAAUAUGCCUUUAAAAAAUUGUAGUUUGAGGUUUUUAAACCUGAAAAAGAAAACUUUUUUUUAUUUUCUUUAUUCUUGGCCACUCCAAGGUCAAGGUCAUGGUCUCAGAGUAUAAAAUAGCAUUAACAAAAUAGCCAGGAGGGUUCCCCACUCAGUCUAAUUUCAAUACACACAUACUUUAUGGGGCCCAGCUAUAGUAUUGGCAUGUGAAAAAUCACCUUUUUCAAAGGCACCUAAAAAGCUCUAAAUUGCUUACAGAAUGAUAAUGAGCACAGCUUGUGCGUUAAAACUUGGGUAGCAUCUGAUGAUUCCGUAUGUUCUUAUUAUGGGUCAUUAAACAUAAGUGGUACGGUACUGACACGUUUUUUUCUAGGUCGUAAUGAGAAACUAUGUACAGCUUUACUUCCGUCGUCAUGAGUCUGAGAGAGCUGCAUUGUGACAUGGGCACUCUUUAGUUUUUUAAUUUCAAUUUAUUUGUUAUUUCUUAUUUUGCAUUGUCUGCUGAAGAAGGCGUCUAGCCCUUUUUUUAUUUUAAUUUUUUUUUUUUUUUUUUUUUUGCAUUUUCCUCUCAAGAAAGGGUCUCGCCCAAACUUCCCCCCCCCCCCCCCACGUCUUAACACAUGUUGUUCCGCUAUUUAUGUACUUCACACAGUUUGAACGCAGUCCCCCCCCACCCCCAACCAUAUACUUUUUAUAAACCUUCCCUAGGCCGGAAAUAUUUGUUUCCCACUUUUCCCCAGUUGACAUUUUUCCCUUCUGUCUCCCGCAGAGCUGCUCAUACCAGACCGAGCCAAUGUGUUCUAUGCUUUGAACAACUCGGUGGAGUUAAACUUCAUCUUACGCACCAGACAGGAGUACGAGACGAUCAAAGAAAAGAGAAAAGGUGUGCGGAGACGUCCUAAAAAACUAACGAUAUGACGGCCAGGUAUCGGGUUGGACGUACACGUACUCCGAUCGGCAGUGCGUGCUGGACGCAUGUGCCAUACAGAUCGCCUACUGUGCUUUAUGGAGUUAUGGUUGAGCUUGUGUCAAGUAAGGACCGAACAGUUAC